AUGGCCGCCUCCGCCCUGUCCAUCUGCUCCAGCGACCUCAGCUAUGACAGCCGGGUCUGCCUGCCAGGGUCCUGCGACUCCUUCACGGAAUCCUCCUGGCAGGAGGACGACUGUCCCGAGAACUGCUGUGCGCCCCCCUGCUGCGCCCCCAGCUGCUGCUGCGCCCCCAGCUGCUGCGCCCCGGCCCCCAGCAUGACCCUCGUCUGCAGCCCCAUGAGCUGCGGGUCCUGCUCCCCCUCCUGCUGUUCCUGCUCCCCCUGCCAGCCGGCCUGCUGCACCCCCAUGUGCUGUAAGCCCGUGUGCUGCACCCCCAUGUGCUGCACCCCUGUCUGCUGUAAGCCCAUGUGCUGCACCCCCAUGUGCUGCACCCCCGUCUGCUGUAAGCCCAUGUGCUGCACCCCCGUCUGCUGUACCCCCAUGUGCUGCACCCCUGUAUGCUGUGGAGGCUCCCCCUGCUCCGACCCCUGCCAGUCCUCUUGCUCCCCCUGCCAGCCGCCCUGCUGUGUGUCCCUCUCUUGCACUCCCGUGUGCUGUGGGGGCUCCCCGUGCCAGGCCCCCUCGUGCUCGCCCUGCUGUAAACCCUCCUCCAGCAUCUCUCUCAUCUGCCGGCCUGCCUGCCCACCCCCCUGCUCGCCCCCCUGCUGUGCCUCUUCAUCCGGCUGCCCACCCAGCUGCUGCCGCGGGUCCAGCGUGUCCCUCCUGUGUCGGCCGACCUGUAAGCCUGCCUGCUGUGCCCCUGCCUCAGCCCAGAAGACCUGCUGA